GCCGCCGCGGCGAAGCUGGCGCUGGGCCCGGGCGGGGAGGCGGCCGGCGGCCCGCUGCCAGUGCUGCUUCACCUCAGCUGUGUUGGCCUGGUGUUUGUGUGCAACGCAGUGAUGUGGACAGUCUUCACAAAAGCCUUACGACUCUCCUCCUCCUCGGCUGCUACCUCUGUGACAACAACAGCCUCCAACUUCAUCUCUUCGGCUAUCCUAGGAAAAUUGCUCUUUGGGGAGACGUGGACGCCUCUGUGGUGGAUCGGCCUCGCCGUGACGGUCUGCGGGCUCAUGCUGCUGCACACAGCUGCACCCCAGCUGGUGCAGGUCCCAGCGGAGAAGAAGGAAUGAUAGCUGCUGGAGGCGCCACAGUGCCAUGCUGCCCCUCUCCAGCCUGUCUCAUGAUGCCAUCCCCAGUCCCCACCAGGCUCUGAACACGUCGGCCACGGAGGUGCUAACACCUGCUCACUGCUGAUCUGCUGACUUGCAAAAUCAUGUUGGUCACAUCUUUCCUAGUGGUGGUGUGGUGGCAGUGACAGCCUUGGAGGGAGCUGGUCAACUCUGAGUCAGUAUUGUGAAAAUCAGGGGCAGAGGCUUAUCAGCCGCUCCUCCUCUUCACACCCUGUGGCUGUGGAGCUUUCCCGGUUUGGGGAAUGCUGAAAGUAAACAUGGUGGCUGUGGAAGGUGCUUGUGCAUCAGUAUUUUUCCAUAAAAGGACCUAUCCCAAAAUAGAAAAGCAAUCAGAAUUAGAUGCUGAGGGCAGCUGAUAUUUCUGCUCUGCUGUUUCUGACUUUCUGUCUUGAAAUGGCUCUAUGCCUGCUGCUACCUGUAAGGCUAUGGAGCCUUUCAUUAAUUUUUUCAGCUUCCUCUGUCAGUCACAUACACCUUUUAACUUGCCAUUUGUAUCUGACAUCUUUAAUUUUCACUUACCCAUUCCUGACAUGUUACUCACUGUAUGGUUGCUGCUCUUUCCUUUAAACUCUUACCCAGAAUAGGAUUUUAUCACCAUUCCUGCUUUGUGUAGGUCAAAGUGUAUUUUCAGGACAAUACAACAGGCAGCAUGUGAACAGUCAGCUGUUCACUAAGAGUGUCCAUCUUCAACAUGUCCGCCAUGCCCACUCAAGUUGACAAUUGCUUUAAUGUUUGGUCAAAUGGAGUUUCUCAAGCCAUGUUUUUUCUACACCUCUGGGUGAUGCUUAUUCCCAUUCAUGUUACACAAUCAACCAGAUCACUGGUAUCCAGGUAUCUGGUAAAUUUUUCCUCAGUGAUUACUCCCUGUUCAGGUGUCAAUUUGGUGAAUGUGUCACAAAUCAUCAUUUGUAAGGUAUCGGCUUCAUUCCCCUGCCCACAUCUUUUUUUUCUUGGAAAUUCUUCAAUUGGAAUCCUAAUUAAGAAAUACAAUGAUGCCUAUAAACAUAUGCAUCAUGCUAGUGAUAUCACUUGUUUGCUCUGGGCUUGCCAGGUUGUCUCUGUCAUCUUGUAAUGACAGAAGGUGAGUCAUGGUUGUGGCAUGUGCAGAAAACCUAAGGACAUAUGUCUGUGAAUGUCUGUAUUGGAACCUGCCAGGUCUGUCAUGACUGGCAGAUCUGCGCUGUGUCGUGUGAAAUAGACUUGUGGAUGGAAAUGCCCCUGGAGUUGUGCUCAUGCCAUUUUCUUCUUUGAAUCAGAAAGAAGAAGAGUCAUUGUCCCCCAGAAGAGGCCAAGAGCUGUUUGCUCCAUUCCCUGCCAUUCUAGCUCACCACAUCUGGCAGCCAUGUCCCAAGAGGGGCAAAGCCUUUGCCUCUCCCCUCAGUGUGCUCUCAAGUCUUCCCCUCAAAGAGGGGAGCUGCAUAUGUGGUGGAGGAGAGGGCAGAGUGCUCUGAGUGUCUUUCCUCCCUGCCACCAUGGGUUUUUGCACCUGGGGAGCUCUCUGGGUGGCAGCAGUGGUAGAGUGGGACACAUCCAGUUGCCUGGGAUGCUGGGACCUGAUACAGGGACCCAGCAUCCCUCAUAGGUCUGCAGACAUGACAGCCAGGAACUAUGCAUUUCUAAGUACAUCAGGUCUCCUUAGAUCUUCAUACAUGAUGGGAAAUUAAUGAAGCCUGAUUUAUUUGCCCUUGUUAUUAACCCUCAGCCAGCUGUAAGCCAUGGCUGCCUUCAUGCAAACAGCAGUAGAAGGACCAGGUUCUCUGGUUAAUUUGGCUGUUGCCCAUCUCCUAAUAAACCAUUUGGAAAGCUUUUUAACCUGGAGUGUCUCAAAACUGACAUUUCUUUAUUACCAUCGUUGUAGGUCAAGGUUUAGGAUGUGUUAGUUCGUGUGUAGAAGGUGUGAGCAGCACUUUACUUGGUGAUGCUCACUUUAAGGCGGAUGAAUAUAAUUUAUUUUAUUACAUUUACGACAGGGCUGUAAAUUCUGUCAUAAAUGCUUGAAGGUGGGAACGGAAGCAAGUUUUCCUCCAAUUCCCAUGGGAAGAAAAUAUUGCCAAGCAGGACUCAUUUUACAGCAGAAUUCCGCUCCUCUUGUGUACACAGGGUUUGGCCCAUGUCUGCCAGUGGGGCCAGGGCUGCAAGAAAGGCUGCAAUCACUGCAUGGCAAAGCAGUGCACCUCUGGUAAACAGUUCCUGUGUGAUCAUCAAAAUGUGGCUGAAGGUAAUAAAAAAAAAAGGAUGCUAGCAUUUCCAAAAUAAAAGUGUCCAAAGCUCAA